AUGUCAAUGUCGACUUUUCUGAUUUACUCUGUCUCAAUACUAAUACUUGGAUUAUACCUGUUAGCAAGAUAUAAUGAAGUUGAUGAUUAUGGCCUAUCAUCGUCGUCUUCCUCCGCGGUGGUGAGUUCCAGGCAACUUUAUGGGAAUUUUCUACAUAUAACUGAUUUGCAUCCAGACCCUCAUUACCAAAUAAACGCAACAUUUAAAUCUCGAUGUCAUAAAAAAUUGAGAAGAUUCGGUGUAAAUAAUAAUGAGAUCGAUAAUUAUCACGAGAUUGAAGAGGGCACUUAUGCAAAUAAACCUAAACACAUGAAGCAUGGAAUUUCAGGCGUUUGGGGUGGUCCCGCGUCUAUUUGUGAUACGCCAAUGAGCUUGAUAAAUGCCACUUUUGAUUGGUUGAAACAAGAGUGGGCGGAUAAAAUUGAUUUUGUUCUUUGGACCGGUGAUAAUUCUAGACAUGAUAAUGAUGACAGAAUUCCACGUAAAAAUCCGGAAAUCCUUAAAAUGAAUCGUGUAAUUGCUUCAAAAUUCCAAGAAACAUUCUCAAGACCCGAUAAAAAUUCACCAAAGAUGAUUCCAAUAAUACCGGUAAUCGGCAACAACGACAUCUACCCCAGUAACAUAAUAACACCAGGUCCAAACAAUAUUCUUCAAAAGCUAAGUGAAAUUUGGUCCCCGUUCAUUCCGAAAUCUGAAAUGUCGACAUUUCGUAAGGGGGGAUACUACGCUACGGAAGUAAUCAAGGAUAAAUUAAUCGUUGUCUCAUUAAACACGUUAUAUUUCUUUCGAAUGAACACAGCGGUACAAGGUUGCUCAGAUCGGUCACAGCCAGGCACUGAACAAAUUAAAUGGUUGAAUAAGCUGCUGCUAAAGGCCAAAAAACAACAUAAAAAAGUUUACUUGAUUGGACACGUAGCACCAACAAAGAAACGUUAUACGAGGACAUGUUGGAACAAGUACGGAAAAUUGGCACAGAAAUAUCAUGAUGUGAUUUUAGGUCAUUUCUUUGGACAUUCCAAUAUGGAUCAUUUUUAUUUUAUUCGUUCUACCAAAAAAGAAAAUGAUUUAAAUGAUGAUUUAGAUGAUGAAAAUGAUUUAGAUAGUGAAGAUGAACCAGAAUAUGAAACAUUUGAUGAAGACGAACCAGAAUAUGAAACAUUUGAUGAAGACGAAGAAGAAAUAAUGCCUCCAUUUGACUAUGCUGAUGACGAUGAUAACGAUGGAAUAAUAUACACAAAUUUACUGAAAACUGAAAAAUUCGGCAGUAAAUUGUUAAGGCAUUAUCGACAGGUGCCAUCGUUAAAUAACAUGGCGGUAAGCCAACACAGUGUUAUUCAUGUGAAUCCUUCCGUAAUUCCAACGUUUUACCCAGCUGUACGAGUAUUUCAGUACCAUACUAAUAAAGAUGCUGAAAAUAUCGAACGUAGGAAAGGCAGAAAGAAUAAACAAAAAUAUCCAAAAAAUAAUAACUAUCUCAUCCCUUACAACUAUAUUCAAUACUUUAUGAAUCUCACCCAUGCUAAUCUUGAUCUAUAUUCAACCAAUCGACCCACCUUUCAAAUAGAAUAUACGACCAGAGAUGAUUACAACAUGACAGAUUUAUCAACUCAUAGUUGGCUGAAAUUAGCAAAAAGGAUCGUCAGAGAUGCAAGAGAAGAUGGACCAUUAUUCAAAAAAUUUAAGGAUCAUAUGGUUGUUUCGACUCGUGAGAUGGUUGAUGAUCGUAUCAAGAAAGGAUGGAUUAAGAAUAUUAAUAAUGAUAGUUAA